UUAUGUUGCUGGAGGAAUUCAUCAGCGACGACCCUGUACGUUUCAUCGAGACACUGAAGCGCACCCAAAACGUAUCAUCCGUGUGCGGUCGAGUGUUUAAAGUCGGGGAACCUACCUACAGCUGCCGUGAAUGCAGCAUGGAUGCCACUUGUGUGCUAUGCUCAUCUUGUUUCAAAAAGUCAACCCACCGACUGCAUAAAUACAAGAUGGCUACAUCGGGUGGUGGUGGAUGCUGUGACUGUGGUGACCACGAAGCAUGGAAAAAAGAUCCCGUCUGUGAGGGACAUGGCCAAAGUAAUUCUGAUCAAGGCGAAUCGCAGCAACAAACAGCGCCACUGCCCGAAUCGGUACAGGGCCGCUGCCGAUUUGUGUUUCGUGCCAUACUGAAUUACUGCAUGCGUGUGCUACAGAUGCACAGUGACGGUAAUCUGGUCGAGUUAGACGACGAAGAGAACUCCCACUGCACCAUACUGUAUAACGACGAAACGCACACGUUCGAGCAGGUCAUACAAACGCUGACGUCGAUUGUAAAAUGUUCCCAGAAAGAAGCGGUCGAUUAUGUGACCAGUAUUGAUCGGGAGGGACGUGCCGUAGUCAAGUGUGCCCCCUUUGAGGUGUGUCGCAAACUGAAGGAGGAUAUUGAAACCAAGGCAAUACGGUCAUCGAUGGGUAUGAAGCCGUCCCCGCUGAAGGUGACAGUUCUCCACCGAAAUGAGGUGGCUUGUCAGCACCUGGCUAUGCAGAUAUUAGGCUGGAUGCAGGAGUUUUUGUCGCUUCACAGCACGUUCCGUAACAUUUUCGCCGCGCUGGUCUGCGAAACGUCUACAGCGUGUAACUUGAAGAUCAUCAUGAGCAAUGACCACAAUCUCUGGAAAUCGGCUCGCACCUGCUGGCACCGGCUGCUCAUCUCAGGCAUGCUGAUGGAGUAUGAAAACAAAAAAAAUCUUGCAGUUGUCUUUACGCGCCAUUACGGACCUCUGAUGCAGGACUUUAUCCGCGACGACCACUACCACUCGUUUUCGAUCGUUUCGUUAAGCGUGCAGCUCUUUACCGUUCCGACGAUCGCACACCAUUUGAUCGCUCAUGAGUCGGCCUUCUUCAAGCUGAUGCACACGUUCUACGCCGAAUCAAUUGAGAAGCACAUCAAAAACAGGCAACUGCAGUUUGCAAAAAACACCUCUUCGAUGAACGUGUUCAAACGUUCGGCCUACAUACUCAUCGAUCUGAAAUAUCUGCUUAGUUUCCGGCCAGAGGAAGGCAUGUGGACGCAGGAGCUGCGUGCCGGAUUUCUGCAUGGUGUGCAGAUUUUGAUACGCCUGUUGAAAUGCAUGCAAGGCAUGGACGCUGUAACACGUCAGGUUGGUCAGCACAUGGAGUACGAACCGGAGUGGGAGACAGCAUUCACGCUUCAUCUGAAGCUGUCGCAUCUAAUCACGCUUGUGCUAGAAUGGUGCGCCACUGAUCGCAUUGUGUUGGUGAAGGUGUAUCGAAUGCUGCUGACCGCGCUAACGGAUGUAAAAUUCAUAGUGCAUGAAAUGACCGUAGUCACUCGGGAAGUGGCGAACCAUGGCGCCUCCUGUCUUACAUACGACGUGUCGUCGAGGCCGGUAUCGGUGCAUCUACCGUUGACCCGUUUUCUGGCUGGGCUGUACCUCGAAAUUGAACGCUACGGAUUGACUUACGAUUCCAUUGCACCGAAUUGUCCUGAGCGCCCGACUCCCGAACGUAUAAUUGAACCUGUCCUGUGCACACGGACAAUGAUUUCGCAAGUAUACGCCGGGAUGUGGCGCAGGAAUGGAUAUGCCUUGCUGAACCAGAUUUAUUUCUAUCGCAACGUUAAGUGCCGUUACGAAAUGCUGGAUCGGGAUAUUGUGAUCCUGCAAAUUGGCGCAUCGUUAAUCGAGGCGAAUGAAUUUCUGAUUCAUGUGCUGAACAAGUUCAAGUUGCUACAUUGGCUAGAGAACGAUCAACCCGUGGCACCCAGGCGCUUGGCGGAAGCAGCGAUGGUCGAGGAGGACUAUGUGCGGCAAACGGUUAACUUGGUCGACGAGUUUCUUGAGCUGCUCAUUGCGAUCGUUGGUGAGCGAUAUGUUUCAGGAGUGGGAGCGGUCACUGAGAACGAUCGCAUCAAAAAGGAAAUCGUACAACAGCUGUGUAUCAAACCACACUUGCACUCGGAGCUAAACCGUGCCCUGAACGAAGAUAAGUAUAGCGAGACAGCGAUCGAAGCAGUCAUCGAGGAUGUGGCGGUGUUCGAAAGGCCAACGGCAACAGGAAAAAAGGGUGUUUACCGGCUGAAACCUGAAUAUUACAGCUGGUACAAUCUCUACUUCUAUCACUACACGAAAGAAGACAAAUCAAAGUCGGAGGAAACGCAACGCAAUCGAUGUAAGGAACGAAACGAACUAGUGUGCUGUCCGCCUCCAGCCCUACCGAAGCUAACGGAACCGUUUAGUAUUAUUCCUAACAUACUGCAAUGCGACGUGAUGCUAGAGAUCAUGAAUGUAGUGUUGAUCCGAGCCCUGGAUCUGAAGGCGAUCAGCUUUUCUGAGGGACAACUGCAACGCCUGCUGCACUUGAUUGGAUACGCCAUUCAGGAGGAAGAGACUGGACACUAUCCGUAUCUUAAGUUUUGCGAACGUAGUCAAAAGAUCAAUCUUCUUUGGAUGCUUGAGGAACUCGCCAUGAGUCAACGUGUCGAAUCGCAGCGCGAUCUUUUGCGCUGGGUAAUCCAACGCUACAAAGCACUCGAAACGAAAAACAAAACCUUGCAAAUGGAAUCGAUCAAGGAAGAAGUCGAGCUGGGACAGAAUGCGGAGCAGGUGGAGAAAGAGCAGCGUGCGAAGUUGGCGGCCAAACGUCGCGCUGAAAUCUUGGCACAAAUGCACCAUGCUCAAAUCAGCUUCAUCAACGCGAACGCGGCUAUGUUUGAGCACGAAGAAGCCCUGGCGGAUGCGUCAGUCGAAGAAGAUAUGGACUGGGUACCAUCCGCUUCCGGUUCUGCCUCAUCAUCGUCAUGUACUACGGCUACAGGGCGAGCGGUGACCGAGCAAAACAUCCAACGACAGCCGCCAAAUGCAGCUGCAGCUGCAGCAACAACUGCAGCGGAAGCUGCUUCACCGACCGAACCGACUCCGGCACCCUCUACCCCCGUUUGCAUGGGUCCAGGGCGCGCAGAUGUUCGCUCAACGGAAGGGGCUGUGUCGCACCGUUAUACUUGUAUUCUGUGUUCGGAGGAAUCGGUGCUAUCUGCUCGCAACACCACGUGUAUGGUCUACGCCGCGUUUGUUCAGCGCUCUUCCGUUCUCUCCCGCUACCAACAAACCAACGAAGAGGGUCAGUUGCAGUACAUCGAGACGGACAUUCACCCAUCCCCGCACAUCAGCACUUGCGGGCACGUUAUGCACGCCGACUGCUUCGAGCAGUACUUUAAUAACGAGAUAAUGAAGGAAAGCCGACGCCCUUACCGCAACCGGACACCGCUUUUGUUCGACGUCGAAAAGCGCGAGUUUCUCUGCCCGUUGUGUCGUUUUCUGAGCAACUGCCUCCUACCGCUCAUUCCCCCGCUCGACGCGAUCGGCGUAAAUGAUGGCGGGCUGUGCCUCCCCGAGGUCCGUGACGCGUGCCGCCAAAUGCCACAGCAGUUUGAUUUUGAAACUUGGUACACCUACAUGACGGACUUUUUGUUUUUCAUGAAGCUGGAAAUGACGCAAAAAAACAAAACUCAGGCGCGGCCCGCGUCGUCGCAUCACUCGGUCGUCGAACACUCAUCGCUUGAUACUACCGUGUCGAUGGAUGAAGAUGAGAUUCUCGACGAAGAGGAAGAAGAAGAGCAGCAGCAACCUCAGCACGAAAAUGGCGGAAGCGACGACGAAAUUAUGGGCGAGUUUGAAGGAAUCGGCAGUGAAGAGGUGGUGCCCGGCGAGGUCGGCGAGGUCGACGAGGAUCCCCUCGAACUGGACGGCAUCGAGUGGAGCGAACUGACGACGGAACCGCUGCGCACGACGGUGUUGGCAAAACUGGAGAUGAGGUACCCAAAGAUUCGGCUCAUACCACCGAUGAGCCCGCAAGCCAUUGCCCAGUCCGAGCACCUGUUUGACACGGACAUUCAAGACUAUCUCCACAAGUUUUGCAUGGCUGUCGGUGAGGUAACAACCAUACCUCCCGUCGCCAAGCACUUCAACAACUAUCUGUCCGUGUGGCUCUCCUGCUCGUACACCAUCAAGUCGCUCGAAAUGCUGCUGCGUGUGAUGGAUCGGCCGCUGGGUUCGGAACUCUCGAUACGUUACUCGAGCUGUCUGCGCGGGCUGGUGCGCGUCUCGUGCGUGCUCGGCUCGAUCAUGCACACUGUCUCGUACCGUCCAAGCAUGUUGAACUACCUCGUCGACCUGUACGAGACACUGUUCGGGCACAAACAAUCUGCUUCGUUCUUCGAUUGGGACUUUUUCGGUAUCCUCAAUACGUGCUUGUUUGCCACCCGGCGCGUCCUCUUUUGCACCAUGCCAACCGAGCGCAUUCCGAAAGGCGACGAACUGGAUCGGUCAAUCGUUCAGGCGGUCUUUCUUCUGAACGUGUUGCGUACGCUCGUAACAUCAGCAUGUGGCAAAGGAAGUGGUAUGCCGAAUGGCGACCGAACGAAGGUAGCCGAUGAUGAACCCGUGAGCGAAGCAGACCAGCAAGCGAUGAAAAAUCUUCUGUACCUAUUCCGGGACUUCAAUAUCCAUUACGAGCCAUUGACUGAAAGUGAAAUAAUGGAGGGCGUCCAUGAGCAUAAUCAGCGCGAGUGCGAGGAUGCGGCCUGGGAACGGCAAAUAGUGCGAUACAUCUUGCGUGACAUCCGCACUCAAAGCCAAACACUGCUCCGCUGCUGCUGCCUGUUGUUCCAUGGUAUCACCGACGUCGAGUUACCAAAGUGCACCGGUGAUAUACAGCAAGAUUUCUCCCUCAUGGUAACCUACCUGGGCAUUGAGGCUGAUCCUUUGAGCUAUUUCCGCCCGCACGCUGCAUCGCUGCACUUCAUGUCAGAUCUGGCAAUGUGCAAUCUAGAACAGAUCAAUCGCAUGCGCAACGCACGUGACGAGCAGCUUUUGGCCGGUGCGAUGUUCCUCCGACCCGGUGGGCCACCGGUGCGCCAGCUGAUCGACCUGCCCGACGAUUACAGCGAUCUGAUCAACAGUGUGUCACUUUUCAUGUGCCCGAACAACAUACGAGACGAUUCGCGCAACCCGACCAUGUGCCUGGUGUGCGGCGAAAUCCUCUGCUCUCAGUCGUUCUGCUGCCAAAAGGAGUUGGACAAGAGUCUGGUCGGCUCGUGUACUUACCACACGUACGAAUGCGGCGCCGGCAUCGGGAUAUUUCUGCGCGUGCGUGACGCCGAAAUACUGCUGCUCGGGAUCAACAAAGGUUGCUUUGUACCGGCCCCAUACCUGGACGCCUACGGGGAAACGGAUCAGGGGCUGCGUCGGGGCAACCCACUGCGACUGUGCAAGGAGCGCUACCGGAAGCUUCACCUGACGUGGUUAAGUCACGGAUUACACGAGGAAAUUACGCGUCGCAGCGAAGUUCAGCAAACACUUUUCGCGACCCAAUGGCAAAACCUGUAAGAGACAAGCUCACAAGCGGUAGCUUCCCGUGCCCAGCACGAUACAAUCGUUUCUGAGAACAUGGAGAGUGGAACAUGGCUGAAAGUAUUCACAGUGGAGUUACGUGGACAAAUCAAGGUAUUUGGUUAUGCUGCCCAGUUAUGAAACGGUCUUGAAUUUGUGGUCGGUUUACCAGUUAGAGAUUUUGGUGUUACUCACAGAUUUUUCCUUGUAUGAUGGAAGAUAGAAAAGAACUACUUUGAGGAAACGGUGCAAGGUCAAUGUCGGAUAGGGUAACUAUACUAUCAGCAAAACGGAUUCAGAGAUGAAUGAAGCUUCUUGCUUCAAUAACAACAUCAGCUCGAUAACGUUAGUUUAGCGUGCUGACAGCGUGAUGUGAAAAAGUGAUGUUUUGAUUUAGGUAGAAUCGCAAAUUAUGUAACGAUCGGCACAGUUGUGAGGAUGUCAUCAUGUUUUAUAUUCAUCUAGUUUUUUCGGGUAAACCUCUUAAACCCUUUUGAUAUUCUCGCUAUACUUAUGUUUAUGAUAACUGCUUUCUGGAUUAUGCUUUUUUGCUAGUUGUUGCUGCUGUUUACUAAUUCGUUGCUAGCUAGCAGAGCUAGAGAGGAAAUUGCAAGACACUAAACACUGCAGUUGUUCCUCCGUCGCACUAUCUCCUCUGGCCACAGCUGUAAGAUUUGUAGCGUUACGGCAUGGUAGGCAUGGGCAAGGUGUAUGGUUAAGGUCACUGCGUGCAAAAGGUGCCACCAAAAACUAACUUUUAUUUCUUCCAAAAGAAAAACAUCACGUCACAGUACACCAAAUAGACAGUAUGCCGUCGUUUUGCGGAUAGUAUGGCGGUCCUGUAAAGGUACUCUUUUCUUAUGUUUCGUUUUUUUUAAAUAUAAAUUUCAAUAUUUUGUAAUUCGAAUAGCUUGGUAUCUUGGCAGAUACGUGUAGAGAGAAGAAAAGGGACAGAUAUUGUAGGUUGACUCAAGUUCAUUUCAGUUAACGACGAAGAAAUAGGCAUAGAGGGAGUCGAGAACUACAAAUCGUCAGUCGAAAACCAAAUCAAGAAAAAGUAGCAGAUACAGCAACCGUAGUCUUAGUCUUAUAUUUAGGGUGUCCACGAGCAGGAGAACCAAAAGUUCACAUUUCAAAGCGAUCAUUUUGGGGCUAUUACAUUUGCUGAACAUAAUCGUAGUCGUUUUUUUUGUGUGUUUUUCAAAACGUGUUUUUUAUGCAUCUAUUACAACUGAAUUAUGUUUACGUCGGGUGUUUCUCUGUUUUCCUUUAAUUAUAAGUAUAUGUUUCUCAAUCGUUUGAACUUGAAGGUGCGACAGAUCUUAGCAGUUUUUUUUAUUGAUGUCCAAAUUGUCUACAUCAUCGAUAGAGACGACCCAACACUAGAUGGUAUACGAGGACAUGUAUGUUUGUAUGUAUGUAAAUUGUAAAUGAGUAGGAAGAAAGUUUGCUAGAAUGAAAACGAGACUCAGACGGUAAGAUGAUGACGCGACCAGCUUUGUUUUGCAGUUUUUGAAACUAGCGGAUCUAAGAUCGUUUGUUCGCGCUAUUGAACCAUGAUCCAAAUUCAUUUGAUGCAACUGAAAACUGUCAUCAAUUUCAAACUAGAUUACUGAACUCAGUUUAUAGAGAAGAAUGAUAACGCUUUUAUGCAACUUACAUUCAUUUCACGUUUGAUUGCUCCAAACUACGAAGGUAUGAACAAAAACGGUGCAUAAAAAGAGAAGUAGCGUAGAAGCUUAGUCAAACAGAAGUUAUUUGGGUGAAAGGAAAAGACAAAGGAUUCGUAAAUGUCAUCAACUCGCAAGUUACGCAUGAAGUAAACUGUAUCGUGUGAAGCGUGUCUUGUUACCAUCCCGUUUUUUAACUGCUUGUUUCAGGUCGUGUUUUUAGUGGAGCACGUAGCAAUUAACCUGAAGCUAACAUAAUGAUACUGUAUGAUACACAUAUACAAUUACGAUCGGUUGUUAGAUUAGCAGCUAUUGUAACUUGUCCUUAAAUAAACCGUUAACUUCGAACGA